AAAACUAGCGACGCUUUGCGGAGCAGUGUGGGUCCGAGAAGUAACGGGAGGGCAGUAUAGGGCCUCUCGCGCUCGCGCAGCCCGAAAUGGCUCGGAAGCAGGACGAGCACAGAGGGGGCGCGCCCUUCAUGGCGGAAGGCAAGUCGGAAGAGGAAGUUAGGCUCAUUCUGUACCACUGGACACAUUCCUUCAGCUCUCAAAAGGUGCGCUUGGUAAUUGCUGAAAAGGCAUUGAAGUGCGAGGAACAUGAUGUAAGUCUGCCCCUGAGUGAGCACAAUGAGCCUUGGUUUAUGCGUUUGAACUCAACUGGAGAAGUGCCUGUCCUUAUCCACGGGGAAAACAUUAUUUGUGAGGCCACUCAGAUCAUUGAUUAUCUUGAACAGACUUUCCUGGAUGAAAAAACACCCAGGUUAAUGCCUGAUAAAGGAAGCAUGUAUUACCCACGGGUACAACAUUAUCGAGAACUGCUUGACUCAUUGCCAAUGGAUGCCUACACACAUGGCUGCAUUUUACAUCCUGAGCUAACUGUGGACUCCAUGAUCCCAGCUUAUGCAACCACAAGAAUUCGCAGCCAAAUUGGUAACACAGAAUCUGAACUGAAAAAACUUGCUGAAGAAAACCCAGAUUUACAAGAGGCCUACAUUGCAAAGCAGAAACGACUUAAAUCAAAGCUGCUUGACCAUGACAAUGUCAAAUAUUUGAAGAAAAUUCUUGAUGAAUUGGAGAAAGUCUUGGAUCAGGUUGAAACUGAGUUGCAAAGAAGAAAUGAAGAAACCCCAGAAGAGGGCCGCCAGCCUUGGCUCUGCGGAGAAUCCUUCACCCUGGCAGAUGUCUCUCUUGCUGUCACAUUGCAUCGACUGAAGUUUCUGGGGUUUGCGAGGAGAAACUGGGGAAAUGGAAAGCGACCGAACUUGGAAACCUAUUAUGAGCGUGUCUUGAAGAGAAAAACAUUUAACAAGGUUUUAGGACAUGUCAACAAUAUAUUAAUCUCUGCUGUGCUGCCAACAGCAUUCCGGGUGGCCAAGAAGAGGGCCCCAAAAGUUCUUGGCACCACCCUCGUGGUUAGUUUGCUUGCAGGAAUGGGAUAUUUUGCUUUUAUGAUUUUCAGGAAGAGACUUGGAAGCAUGAUUUUAGCACUGAGACCCAGACCAAAUUACUUCUAGGCGUGUAGGGAUCUCAUGGUGGCAGCUCCUCCAACCAUCCAGCUAGACCCUUGUCCGUUCUUCCAGGCUCAGUGAAGAAUGACCCUGGGCAACUAACAACAAGCAUAAUUUACUUUACUCUUUGGGUAGUUUAUGAGCGAAGAGGCAAUGAAAAUGUUUUUGUGGGCUGGUAAGUUUGAGAAUACAUCCUGAAAACAUUUGCAAGGUCAAGAUAUAUAAAUGCUGACAGGUAGAGAAUAGACCCUUAAUUCAAGUCUAGUUCAAGUUCUGAAUUAUGUAUUUUGGGAGAAGGUUAUUACUGUGAGCAGACAGUAAUAAUAACCUGUGAUUGCCUAUAGCUCUUCAUCUGAGAUUAUCUGGAUGCACUGGGUGUUGAAUAGUUAGCAACAUUUUCUCCUGGAGUUCAGAAAUGAUCUUCAUUACAUGGGUUCAGAAAGCAGCAUGGCAUGUGCUUGGGUAGUGGGUCUUUUGAUGAUCUGGGAGUACAGAUAUGCUCACUGUACAUUAGAGGAGGCUGGUGUUUCAACACAAAAACUGUUGUGUAGGCUUACGUCUGUUUUUUGUUUUCAGCAAAGCCUUAAAAUGUUACAGAGAAAGGUCUAGUCCUGGCCUGCAGCAAUUAAUUUAGGGGAGAUAAAAUAAGUCGACAGUGAUGUCUACCUGUAUUCAUUCUUGUAUAUCUGGACUCCUUGAGGGGUUCCUCAGUUCAUCUGGAAGGGAUAAACCCAGUGCAUUCCCAUGAACACCCGUGGAACUGCAUCAUAUAGUUUAUGCUCGGGAACACUCUUAUGGUGACAGGAAGUGUUUCUUUGGAGUUGGCCACAAAUGUUUUGGGAGCAGUUUUAGGUCUCUGGCAGGAAGUAUGUAAUAGAGAAUGAUGAGCUAAGGUUCCAGUGAACAACAAAAGCUUUCUUGGACUGCCUUUUGCACAGGUUGGCUGUGAAAAAUAGCAAAAGAAUGUACUGACUUUUUCAUUAGUUGGAAGCAGUCAUGCUUGAGAAACAAUGACUUUUUGAUGGUAAGUGAUUCUAUCAUUCCAUUUCAUGAAUCAGUUUUAGAAAAUCUUGAUGAAAUGGAUGUUCCCUGUUUACAAAAAAUUAAUAAAUAAUGUCUCCAGUGUAAUCUCAAUCCAACAAGUAUGAACAGACUGGCAGCUUUUAUAAUGUCUCAAUUUUGCUCCUCACUACAUUGUUGUAUAGAGCGUCUGAAAUUGUUGCUCGGACAUUCCAAUCCAUGUAUUCAUAAAAGAGCCACAAAACUGAUUAUUGAGUAGUUCAUCAUGUUUCAGAGUUCUUUAUGGCACCGUUAGAAGAACUCAGACAUAAAGAAAUCAAAAUUGGAUUUUUAUAAAAAUCUAUGUUGGAUAUUUACUAAUGUAAGGGUUGUUAAGAAUAAAGAUUAGAAGCCCAAUGCUGGGUUUUCCUUAAAUUUACAUUAUUACUGAAUCAGAGAAGACCUUUAGGAAGUGUUUGUGAUUUUAUGCUACAGUUUCACUGGAAAUACGCAUGUGUCAAUAUUAAAGAUCAUACAUCCUGGUGAUUUUACUUGUAAUGCAGAUAGCCUUGAGUUCUUUCAAAACGUUUGUUUAGGGAUAUGGUGACCACUAGAUGUCGCCAUUCAUCCAGUAGUCUGAGAUGGGGCAUUCUUUAGAUUCAGCGAGACUUCUGAUACAAGUGAAGAUAAAAAUUAAUGACCUUAGUUUCUGAAAUGAGGGCAUCUCCAUCAGAUCAUUCAUCUGUAAAAAAGCUUGAGGCACAUGUAGUAUUGAUUUCUAAUGUUUUGAAAGGGGUAACUACCAUACAAUAUCAAGUUAAAGAGCUAAAUGUACACUAUUAGCCAAAUAGGCACUUUUAUAUAUUUUCUUUUUCACAGUCAUUGGUGAUUGGCCAGUGUGCUACUGAGUUUCCAAAAUUUGUGUAAAUAUCACAAUUAGAUAUGUGAGGAACUGAAUUUAUGUUAGCUAUUUAUGUUUUAACACAUAAAUACUAUUUUAUUGUUAUUGCAAUUAUAUGCUUUUUGGAUCCAUUUUCCUUAUCGCAGAUGUAAAUUGCUUGCUAGAAUUUUAGUAAUUAUUGAUAUUGACAUCAAAGUUAUAGAUAUUUGGUAUUGUUGAAUGUAAUAGAAAUAUCAAGAUACUGUUCUGCCUAUAAGAUCAUUAAAGGUAAUUGGAAAAUAAAUAU